AAAUGGGAUGGUCCAGUGACCCCCAAAUCAAACUUUUUGGCGCUUUCGCGGAAUUAUGGAGGAAGUAAUGGUAAUAACUUCCUCCUUCCGCAGUUAUUGCUGGAGUCGGUGCGUUCUUCUUUUGUGACAGCCAUGGCAGAAGUGUCAUUCUCAGAACUAGCGUCUUUUUUCACCGCUGUUUGGGAACAUCUUACCUCUCCUGGGCAAUUCUCUGUUGGGCAGUAUGAGGUUGACAAACAGCAAGUUUUUCUGGGAGCCAGUGUAGCAGUCACUACCACUCUGCUGGCAGUGUGCGUGCAACUAUGGAGGCGCAAAGCCAGGGCAGUGGAGCCGCAUCCAACUACAGGAAGGAAAAUGAAGGCUGUUGUGUUCACUUCGUAUGGAGGUCCUGAGGUGAUGACAGUGGAUGAGGACUACCCUGUUCCUGCACCUCCAGCUGAAGAUAAUGUUCUGAUCAGGGUAAAGGCUGCAUCUAUCAAUGUGCUGGACCUCAGGAUACGGGAGGGCUACAUGAAUGCUCUGUACAGGUCCAGUCGCAGGAAGACUAAGCUUCCACUGUUCCCUAUCAUGGUGGGGAGGGAUUUUUCUGGAAUAGUUGAGGAUGUUGGGUCAAAGGUUGCCAAGUUCAAGCCAGGAGAUGAGGUGUGGGGAGCACUAGGACUGGAUCACAGCUACGGCAGCCUUGCUGAGUACACCAUCUGUAAGGAAGCCGCCCUGUCUCACAAGCCGACCAACCUGACAUUUGUAGAGGCUGCUUCCUUCCCUCAUGUGGCGCUGACGUCCUGGGGUGCCCUGGUGACGUCUGCUGGCAUGAACAAGGAAACUACAGCGGGCAAGAG